AUGACUUGUGCUAUGGACUGGACAUAUGUUGGGCCAGACCCUACCUUCUACGAUGUGUGGAUUGCACGAACCAUAACUGGUAAUACAUUCUCUAAGAUUGGCUCGGACGGGAACUGGAAUUCGGCGUGGAAUCUCUUCUGGGACGAUUCGACUGCCCGGGAGAGAUAUCAAAAUCACAAGCCCUUCCAAGUAUUUUCAUGCUGGAAUAGCGCCACAGCCUUCACAGCGAAACCAUUAUUAAAGCAGAAAAUUGCAUUCCGUUCAGCCAACAAUGAAGAGUGCUUUCAAGGCGAACCUAGACUGUGGUGCAAGGACAUGUGGCAUUUGGGAUACGGGAAGAUUGCCGUUAUCCCAACAGUAAAUGUGGAGUAUAGUGAUGAGGCAACGAGGAAGAUCAAGGAUUUGAAAGGCUAUGUCUCGCAUUGGGUACCCCAAGAUAGCACGAUUGACACGGCGGAUUGGAUCAAGUGGAAGGCAGAUCCUCCCGCUGAGGUCAAGUGUAUUACAGAUCCGGACUAUUCAGCUCAACAUUUUGUUCCUUGGGACCAAGUUGUGAACGAUUUCUUCUCCCUCGGGACUCCACAUCACAUUCGAACCCUGCAAAUCAACAGCACCGAGUUGGAGCUGAUCCAUGAGCUAUUUAUGGACGUAUAUGAGCAACAUGAUCAGCAAUUCAAGGUGUUGACUUUCCAGGAAGCGAAGGGCGUUGUGGGGAUCAGUUAUCUCAAGAUGAACGACCACACUCAGUUGACCUUAUUAACAAUUGCAGGUUGUCGAGGCCUUUUCGUCUUCGAUCACAGGCAUUAA